UGGACAUGGGCAGAGGACACGGGGCCAUGGGGCGACGUCACAGGCAGCGUGACCAGGGAUGCGUGGGGCUGGGAGAUGAGGUCCUGGGAGGAGGCCGCGGUGUGGGCAGGGCGAGGGGGCCGCGUGCCAGGCUCCUGUGUGGCAGGGCCGUGCUGCAGGAGCUGCACCGAGCCUGCGAGCAGGCGGCCCGCGGGGGGCACAUCCCCGGGGGCCCUGCGCUGCUCUGGGCCCGGGACUACGCAGCUGCGCUGAGCUCGGAGCAGAGCUGCCUCAACGAGUGGCUGGCCAUGGCCGACCUGGAGUCCGUGCGCCCCGGCUCCCCCCAGCCCCCGGGGCCGGCGGUGCCGGAGCUGACGGAGCAGGCGGUGCGGGCGCUGCUGCGCGACGUCCUGGCUGCCGCUGACCUGGAGAGCGUCACCUCCAAGGAGGUGCGGACGGAGCUGGAGCGGCGCACGGGGCGCAGCCUGGCCCAGCACAAGGACUUCAUCGACAACGAGAUGCUGCUGGUGCUGGCGCAGAUGGACCGGCCCUCCUGCGUCUUCCCGCACCUCUACCUGGGCUCCGAGUGGAACGCUGCCAACCUGGAGGAGCUGCAGCAGAACCGCAUCACCCACAUCCUGAACGUGGCGCGGGAGAUCGACAACUUCUUCCCGGCGCUGUUCACCUACAUGAACGUGCGGGUGUACGACGAGGAGGCGGCCGAGCUCCUGCCCCACUGGAACGAUACCUUCCUCUUCCUCUCCGACGUCAAGGCCCGCGGGGGCCGGGCGCUGGUGCACUGCCGCAUGGGGCUGAGCCGCUCGGCAGCCACGGUGCUGGCCUACGCCAUGAAGGAGUUCGGGUGGCCCCUGGAGCGGGCACUGCGGCACGUCCGGCGCUGCCGGCCCGGCGUCCUGCCCAACCCCGGCUUCAUGCGCCAGCUCGACUUCUACCAGGGCAUCCUGAGCGCCAGCCGGCACAGCGUCCUCUGGGAGCCCCGGGCGGCAGAGCGCGUGUCCCAGCCUGAGCCGGAGGAGGCGGCACCAGGGGACGAGGGUGCCCUGCCCGAGCCCCGAGCCCCGGCCCCGCAGCCUCCCGAGGAGGCGAGCAGGCACCCGGCGGGGCCGGGGCUGUCGGGGGCCCCCCAGCGCCCCCGCAUCUCUCUCUGUGCCGUCAUGCGGAGCAUCAGCCUGAUGGAGUCCCCACAGCCCCCCGAGCUGCUGGGGGAGCCCCUCGGUGGGGAGGUGUUUGAGGCCACAGAGGUGCCAGGGGACCCUGGGGGUCAAGGGGGGUCAUCCCCAGGGGCACGGCCCAGCUCCCGGCCCCGGCGUGUAGUGCGCCAGGCCAGUGUUGAUGGAGGCCCAGCCUGCGCAGAAGACCACAGCCCACCUGCCUCCAGCUGCGACCCUGCCCUUGCCCCCACCUCACCCCUUGCCCCCUAGCCCCAGCGGGGAGGAGGACAAGGGGCAGGCCCCCUGCAAUGGCACUGGGGGAUGGGGCAGGGUAGGGGCCCCCUGCCCCCCCCAGCCUGCACUGCAGGGCACGGGGUGGCACUGCCUCACCCCCUGCCCGGGGCCCUGCUGCACCCCUGGGGGGUGACACAGCCCCCGGGCCACACCUCGCCACGCCGGCCCCCUGCACCAGCACGGCACCAGCCUGACAAUAAAGCACGUAAUGCACG